AGCAUCUGGUUUCUUAUAAAACGAAGGCUUCAUUAAUUAAUUCAAGCUGUGCACAUUAUAUCAAGAUCUCCAUCUUCCUUGCAAAUCUUUUCCUCUCCAAACCCAUUUUAGCCUUGAGUCGACCAUCUAUAUAAUCUUACAACUCUUUCUUGAGGAAAGAUGGCGGAAAGAAAGAUAUCAAGGAAUGGUUCCGAUGAAGAACAAGGAGAACCUUCAAAUUCUCCGGCGGAUAAGAUUAAGGUUGAUCAUGGGAAACCUGCACCACUGACCUGGCAGCGGAGAUUAGACACCAGUGAAACUGUCCUUUCACAGUUCACUUUAACUUGGCAAGAGAUACUUCGUAUGGCCCCUAUAGGUAUUCGGUUAUGGCGUUAUGUCAGAGAAAAUGCCAAAAAAAAGAAGGGUAUUUUUAUCGAUCCAUUUGCAAAGCGCAAUGUUACAUCUUCUCAUGGCAUUCCAGUAGGUGGUGUUGGCUCAGGAAGCAUUGGAAGGAGUUACAGAGGUGAAUUUCAGCGUUGGCAACUGUUUCCCAGAGUAGAAGAAAAACCUGUUUUAGCAAAUCAAUUUUCUAUUUUUGUUUCCCGCUCAAAUGGUAAAAAAUACUGUAGCGUACUGUGCUCGAGGAGUCCAGACAAGCUUGAAGAACCUGCAGGUUCAGGGAUUGAAUCUUGGGAAUGGAAUCUGAAGGGAGAUAAUUCCACAUAUCAUGCUUUAUACCCCAGGGCUUGGACUGUAUACGAGGGCGAACCUGAUCCAGAACUCCGGGUUGUUUGUCGUCAAAUUUCACCUGUUAUUCCUCAUAAUUACAAGGAGAGCAGCUUUCCUGUCUCAGUUUUUACCUUCACGCUCUAUAAUUCUGGAGAUACUGCUGCUGAUGUCACUUUGCUUUUCACAUGGGCAAAUUCUGUUGGGGGGGUUUCUGAAUUUUCUGGCCAGCACCUCAAUUCAACAAAAAUGAUGGACGAUGGUGUGCAUUGUGUACUUCUAUAUCACAAGACAGCAAACGAGCUUCCCCCAUUGACAUUUGCAAUCGCUGCACAAGAGACUCCCGGUGUCCAUGUCUCAAAAUGCCCUUCCUUUGUGAUAUCUGGAAAUUCGCAAGGUCUUACAGCAAAAGAGAUGUGGAAUGAAGUAAAAGAGCAUGGAUCCUUCGACAACCUCAACUCAUCUGGAAAGCCAGUGCCUUCAGAACCAGGAUCAUCUAUUGGGGCAGCCAUUGCAGCUACUUCAACAGUUCCACCAGAUUCUGUGUGUACAGUUACUUUUUCAUUGGCAUGGGACUGUCCUGAAGUAAACUUUGCGAGUGGAAGGACUUAUCACAGGCGUUACACCAAAUUCUAUGGUACUCAUGGAGAUGCUGCUGCAAAUAUUGCGCAUGAUGCUAUUCUCGGACAUGGCCAUUGGGACUCCCAGAUAGAAGCCUGGCAGAGACCAAUUCUUGAAGACAAGAGGCUUCCUGAAUGGUAUCCUGUCACUCUCUUUAAUGAGCUCUAUUAUCUUAAUUCAGGGGGAACGAUUUGGACAGAUGGAUCUCCUCCGCUGCAUAGUUUAGCAACUGUUGGAGGAAAAAAGUUCUCUCUCGAUAGGAUAGGUUCUGAUUUAGGCCACCAAGGCGAUGCUUCUGUUGACAUUCUUGGAAGGAUGACUUCUGUGCUUGAGCAAAUCCACACUCCUUUAGCAACCAAUUCUGCUUUAGGAACGAAUUUGCUUCAAGAAGGAGAAGAAAAUGUCGGCCAAUUCCUUUAUCUAGAAGGGAUCGAGUAUCCCAUGUGGAACACCUAUGAUGUUCACUUCUAUGCAUCUUUCGCAUUAAUUAUGCUGUUUCCCAAACUUCAGCUCAGCAUUCAAAGGGACUUUGCAGCCGCGGUUAUGAUGCAUGAUCCCAGUAAGAUGCACCUUCUACAAGAUGGACAGUGUGUCACCAGGAAGGUUCUUGGAGCCGUCCCUCAUGACAUUGGGAUUGAUGACCCAUGGUUUGAAGUAAAUGCCUAUAACCUUCACAAUACUGAUCGCUGGAAAGACUUGAAUCCAAAAUUUGUUCUCCAGGUUUACAGAGAUGUAGUUGCCACAGGAGACAAGAAGUUCGCACAAGCUGUUUGGCCAUCAGUUUAUGUUGCAAUGGCUUAUAUGGAUCAGUUUGAUAAGGAUGGUGAUGGGAUGAUUGAGAAUGAUGGUUUUCCUGAUCAGACAUAUGAUACAUGGUCUGUGUCUGGAGUUAGUGCAUAUUGUGGUGGGCUAUGGGUGGCGGCCUUACAGGCUGCAUCAGCCCUGGCAUGGGAAGUAGGAGACAAGGAUUCUGCAGAAUAUUUUUGGUUUAGGUUUCAGAAGGCAAAGGUUGUGUAUGACAAGUUAUGGAAUGGUUCUUACUUCAAUUAUGACGACAGCAAUGGUAGAAAUAGCCCAUCCAUUCAAGCUGAUCAGUUGGCCGGACAAUGGUAUGCACGAGCAUGCGGACUUUUGCCGAUUGUUGACGAGGACAAAGCACGAAGUGCAUUAGAGAAGAUUUAUAAUUACAACUUCCUGAAGGUGCAUGAUGGGAAACGAGGGGCUGUAAAUGGGAUGCUGCCUGAUGGAACAGUGGACAUGUCAGAUAUGCAGUCAAGAGAAAUAUGGUCUGGGGUCACUUAUGCAGUUGCCGCAACAAUGAUGCAGGAAGGUUUGAUGGAUAUGGCCUUUCAUACCGCAAGCGGAGUCUAUGAGGCUGCGUGGGCUGAACAAGGACUUGGGUAUUCUUUUCAAACUCCGGAAGGUUGGAACACCAAUGGCCAGUAUAGAUCUCUAGGCUACAUGAGGCCUUUGGCCAUCUGGGCAAUGCAGUGGACUUUAUCAAGUCCAAAACUUCACAAGCAGGAAAUGAACUUCCAAGUCAAGCUGGAGGAUUCUCUACUAGGGCACCAGCACCAUGCUGGAUUUGCAAAAGUUGCUCGUUUUCUCAAGUUGCCAGAAGAGGAAUCAUCUGUUUUCUCUUGGAAGUGAGUGCUGACAGGUUUCUGCACCCAAUUGCUGUUAAGAAAUCUCAGAGCCAAGCAAAACGAAUCGCCUCUGCUUCCUAAAACAACAAUGACUUCAUUUUCUUCCCUUCCAAUCCGAACAUCAAAAUAUUGACAGAUUUUCUUUGGCAGACCCACUCGCACUUUUGGCCUUGGUUUCUUCUAUUUCUUUCUUGGCUCUCCCUUCCUUACCAGUUCAAAUUUAUUGACAAUGUCCCUCCAACCCAGGUCAAAGUCCUCAGUUGACUCCCAAUUACAGAGUGGACAGAGCUCUGCUUUCCACUCAUUAUCAGCUUUAAACCAGGAUGGAAACUCUGCUACAAUCAUCCAUGCACAAAGUGCACGUUUCAUUGCAGGCAUCUCCUCAGCCAUUUCUCCUUUCAGACACAUAAUCUAUUGUUUGUGGGGCCUUUCCAUUCAUGAAUCCUAAGGACUUUGACAUAACGAUAACAAAAACAAGAAAAUUCAAUUUGGGACCAAUAAAAGCUCUUUGAGAAAGAACAUGGGUGUCUCUGACUGUGUGUGUGUGGCCAAGGAUCAUUGACAGCAGUGAAGCCACAAUUACAUCAUUCAGGGAAGGUAUAACUGCAGGGGGACCAGACUAGUUGGCAAAAAACACAUAUCAAGAAGCUCCACUGGAUUUAUUGGAAAAUCUAACAAGCAUGUGGCAGUCAACUGCCAACAAAAAAGAGACAACAGGGUGAAAAAUUUGAACCUUAUUUAUCGAGAGCCAAAAUUAUGGGUAUAACUGCAGGGACCAGACUAGUUGGCAAAGAACACAUAUCAGGAAGCUCAACUGAGAAGUGCAGGGCAUAACGUCUAGCUAGUUUGGAUUGAACUUAUUGCAGUUUUGGAUGAAACUAGCUUGGAGAGAUUGAAGGCAGGUUGGAAGGCUCGGUUGCACUUUCGGCCUUGGUUUCUUGUAUUUCAUUCUGGGCUCUCCCUUCCUUAUCAUAGCAUAAUAAUGUAUAAUCAGGUCCAGGAUAUAGAAAGGGGGUGUUUUACAUCUUGUGAACAAAACUAACAGCAGCCUGCAUGCAUGAUCUUUGUGAUGAUGCUUUUGACCAGGCAGAGGCAUCUGUGGUAUCAUAUCAGAUCAGUUUUGUCUAAUAAGCUGAAAUUUUAAGGGAA